AUGCCUCAGUUCGAAUUGAGACAUGAUCUGAAGCAAUAUGCCGAGUUUGUGAAGCCUAAUUUCAUUAAAAAGAUUAAUAAUAAAUUAUCGUUAUCAUUAAGUUAUUUGGAAAGAUCUAAUAGCGAAACCGAAUGUUUAUUAAGUUUUCAUAAUACCCUGAAUGAGGCUAUACUUAUAAAUCCUCACACUGAUGAGCACGACAGAAUAACUCCAGAGAGCAAGGGAUGGUUCAGUAAUAUUUUUGGAUCUAAUGAAGACGAAGCGCAAGAAGGAGAAGAAGAAGAGGAAGGGACUCCAAGUUCAGAAAUCAAGAUUCUCUUGGGAUAUAUUCAAUUAUUUGGAUAUGUCGUACUUAAUUAUAAAUUCAGACUAGAAGAAUCAUCUAAUCCUAUUGACAGUUACUCAGAUAGGUGUUCUUGGUGGGUCAACAAAGAAUAUGCUUCUCAUUAUCAGGAUAACGAACAUACUGCCGACGAGGAAGAUAUUGAAUAUAAUUUGAAUAGAGUGCCAUUCAUUCAACGAAAUUUGAAGGAUAGAAUGGUUAUAGGUGGUAGACUCGGGGGUGUAAAUGAUUUGAUUAUCAAUGAUUCUCAGAAUAAUUCAAGUAUAUUAAGUAAACACGAUCCUAAAACAAUUGAUGAAAAUGAUAGAUAUCUUUUACAGGAUCUAUUAUUUCCAUUCGGUUCAAUUAAUGCACCAGAGACAAUUAAUGACCAUUCAGACCAAAACAAAGAUUCUAAAGGUGUGUUAUCGCUUAAGGAGUUAACUGACUCGAUAAUACCUUUUUAUACAACAUCUCAAUUUCUAUUGUUUUCAGAUUUGAACCUAGCAUCUCAAUCGACCAAAACAUUUCAUAUAAAGUUUCCAAAACUUAGUGGGUUAUCGCCUUCAUAUAAUACCAGAAUGACUAGGCCGGUAUGUGACCAAGGCUGGGUAAGUAUAAAGUAUCUGUUGAUAGUCGGAUUACUGCAAAUGUCGAGACAGCAUCACAAAAUGAAAUCAUAUAAUACAUAUUUUCCUUUAGAAGUGGAAGGAGAAAGACAAGGAACACACGAAAGAUGGUUGCAACAAGAUUUCUUGAAAGAAACAAAGAUCGAUCAAAAUUGGAAUGUAACCAUAUGCGAUGAUACUAGUUUAUGUAGCGACCUUGUUGAUUCUGGGCCAGAAGAUUCAAAGGAAGGAAGACAAACUUUUCUUCAAGAUCUAUCAACCUUGAUCGAUUCAGACUUGUAUAAUAUGCCGAAGAUAUCUACGAGCGAAAGAAAGAAAAGCGUUCCAAACAUGCAUGAUACAACGGAAGUGAUUGAACCUGGUUUAAUACCACAGUUACCAAAUCACUUAAAGACUCAAUAUCAGAUAAGAGUUAAUGACCAUGACCUAUGUCUUCUUAGUAUUUCAAAGCCUUAUUUUCAUAUUGGAGAAGAUGUCUACUUCGUAAUCGACACAAAUCCCAAAGACAUUAGUAGGACGAGAAUAGCAGGAUUAAUAGUGCAUCUUGAAACCCACGAGACGUUUCACACCGAGUCGGACGAAGGAAAGAUAACUGAUUACAAGAACAUAUAUAAGGUCAGCUCCAGUAUAAAGUAUAACACAUUUGCAUCAGCUAUUGCAAAUUCUAAAUUAGACGUCAAUGAAACAGAACCAUCUUUAAUUCAUGGUAUGAUUAAUAUACCCAAAUUUUUAACUCAACAAUUCCAAAGCUCCGAAUUAAUGGAAUUAAAGCACUACCUUGUAUUCAAAUUUAAUCUAAAUGAUUUUGAAGAAAAUUCUGAAAAUAUCGCUACCGAAUCUUCUGACAAUCAGGAUUCACCCGUCGAACAAGAUCUGAACGAGGAUGUAUCUAGAGCACCACUACAAAAUGAAGAUACAAAUAGACUGACAGACCAAGAUAAGCAUCUUGAUACCUUUCAAGAUUAUAAGUUUGAUAAUUAUGGAGGCGAGCUUAGAUUUAGAUUACCUAUAACGGUCUUGCCUUAA